AUGGCUGGCCAGGAGACGCACCCCAAGCUUCCUGACUCGCGCAGCAUCCGUGUCAUCAAGCUCCAUGGCGCUGCGAACAUCAGCGACGAAAUUCGGUUCGACCUCAUCACCACGUCGCUGGAUGAGCCUCUGCCGUACGAGGCAAUCUCAUAUACGUGGUCUGGACAGGCACUCGAUCGCCCAGUAUAUGCCAAUGGCCAAGAAUACCGCGUCACGAAGAAUGCAGAAGAUGUGAUGCGCAGGCUGCGCCCAAGCAAGCCCGAGUCCUCCAGGAAUCUCUGGAUAGAUGCCAUCUGCAUCAAUCAGAAGGAUGACGCAGAAAAGUCAGUGCAGGUACAGCUCAUGUUUGAAGUGUACGCAAACGCAGAGCGUGUCAACAUAUGGCUUGGGCCGGGGACCGACGCAGCUGCUCUUGCGCUCAAGUGGCUGAGGUGGUACAGCUGGACAUUCUCAGCUGCUUGGAGGCUGCAGUCGAGACUUGCCUCAGGUAUUAGGUCUGCGGACAGCACCUUCACAAGGCUUCUCUUGGGGACUGCGACCGUUUCCACGUCGUGUGUCUGCGCGUGUAUCAUGCUGGUUGUUGCGGCGGUGAUACUGUUGCCAUUUGGCCUGCUGCCCUUUCGAAUUGGUUUGACUGAGUUGGCGUCCAUGGAAUACUGGGAGAGAGCCUGGACAGUGCAAGAAGCCAACGCGAACGCAACUUGCUUCAUUCUGUGCGGUUCAUCUGCUCCGCUUCGCCUGGACUUGUUUUACCAGAGCCAUAGUAUGGUUCCGCCGAUGUUCGUCUUCAGCGCUUUGAACAACAGCAGAGUGAACCGGCGUUAUAGUCUACAUAUGUUGGACACUUUCCACACAAAUGGCGAUGCGGAGCUAGGAAGCCAGAUUUUUGAUGUCUUGUGUAAAACAAGGGCAACAAUAGCCAAGGAUAAGCUGUUUGCCAUAAGAGCCAUGUUUCCCGAUAGUCUGAGCGAACUGACGAUAGACUACUCACUAUCAGACAGCGACGUCUACACUGAAGCCGCACGUAUCGUUCUCGAACAGACUCAUACCGUCGAGUUCUUCAGAUAUGCAUGCCAGGUCGGCCGAGAGGACAAUUAUCCUUCAUGGGUGCCCUCGUGGACAGGGCUUAUUGAGAUACCAGAAUGGCUCUGUAGCUUCUCGCCAGCCAUAAUAUCCGAGGACGUCGUUAUAGUAGAGGGAGAAGACGGCAAGGUGCUCAAGUUGAAAGGACGGCGGGUUGAAAGAGCUACAGCAGCUGUGAGUGAUAGCUUUCCCGUUGUAGCGCCUCUCCCGGUACCAUGGUCUCGCGUUCUCGAUAUCGAUAUCGCGAAGCAGGCCCUUGCAGUCUUGCGGAAAUGGAUACUCACAACAGGGGCAGCGAGUCCUCAUGAUCCUCAGAUGCUCCAGCUUGUUUCCCUCAUAUCCGAUAUUACCAGAAUCGAAGCCGAAGAAAUACUUUCUUGGUUCCACUUGAUAUGGGACGAGGACAACUUUGGUAUGGAGAAGUUAUGGGAUUACGGCUUGAAUGGGGGACAAGUCUGCGAUUCUCGAAAGAUUACAGUCAAUUUUUUGCAGCUUGUAAGUGGCAGGUCGCUUUUCAUGACGGGAAGCGGAAGAGUUGGAAUGUCAACGUCGAUGAUACAGCGAGAUGAUGAGGUUGCGUUAUUUACUGGCGAGAAGUUACCGUACGUGAUUCGCAAAAGUCUCGAGCAUCCUGGCGGCCAUAUUCUGGUGGCUCCAUGUUGGGUGAGCGGUGCUCUCAAGGGGGGGCAAUGGCCCGGUUGGGAUGGGAAAAUGGAGGAGGACCUGGAGGAUAUUGAACUUGUAUGA